CUCCUCCUCCUUUAUCCUCCUCUUCUCCCUCUUUUAUCUGAGUGUUUGCGGCCCCUCAUUCUCAAAGCGACUCAGAGCCGAGGAGCGUCACAUGCCACAAUGAGUGUCCUGCCAUGUUGUUUCCUCGUCCUCCUCCUCUUCGUCCCCAUCCUCACUGAGGCCAAACGCCAACCAGGCCAGGACAAACCCGACAAACCCCGGCAGCCUCCCACAUCGCCCCAACCGGCCAAGAGACCCAGAAAUCGCUCAGUGCCCGGCUCCGGAGAGCUCACCACCAAGCAGGGCCACCGUUGCAUCUGGCAGACAUCCGGUGAAGGUCUGGUGAGCCUGCUGGUCAACUGCAGCAUUGAAAUACAAGGAGACCUGCAGAGGUAUUGGUGUCGUUAUGCGGGGAAACCAGACCUUUGCCAGGCCUAUGGGGUGAAGUCCAGCCAGUACUGGAAGCAGCUCGUGGGAAAGCUGAAGAAAAGGCAGAAUGCCUGUGAAGGGGAAAAAGUCCUGAAGGCCAAAACCUGCAAGAAGGCACCAGCUGAGGCCCACAUGAAGCUCGCUCAGCGCAGCGGGGUGGAGGAGAAGAAGGGAGGGAAGGAAGAAGGGAAGAAAAAACCAGCUGGGAAGAGCGUAGGUGGAGGGAAAGUGGAGAAGAGGAAGAAGAAGGAAGAGGAGGAAGAGGAGAAGAAGAAGAGGGAGGAAAGGACUGAGGCUGAGGAUGAGGAGGGAAUGCAGAACGACAUGGAGCCGGUGCAGGCUUACUGCAGCGAGGGCUGGCACUCCAUCUGCUCGUUCUUUGUCAAGUUCUUUGAAGGUUAAUUAGAAAUUAUUUUGGAUUUAUGAUGGUGCGAAUUCACAAUCUGAAAACAACACUGGAAAUUAUGUUUCUGAAUCUCAUGGGAAACAUCAGGCAGCUCAUUUAUAACAUUCUCUCUUUCACCAUGGAGCUGUUAUUAAUAAGAAAACACCCCACUUUAUUGUAUUUGGUCUUAAAAACUUUGGUAAUAUCAUCUUUUUAUAGAAUUUUUCUUUAACCUAUUAGCCCCGUAGCAUCUACUUUGACAUGUUAUAAUGGAAUGAUAAUUACAACCAGGUAAUAUAAAUUAUGCAAAAAUCAUUACAAUCAAAGCUAUUAAUGUUCAAGCUAUUAAUUUAUUAUAAGGUCAUUAUAGACCAUUAAUUUAAGCUGACAUUGGAAAGAGCCGGUCCUGUGAAGGUACUUUUCGUAAUCCUUCACAGGAACCUUUUGGAAAUUUGAACUAAACUUUGCACCAGUAGGGGGCAGCAUUUUAUCAGUGGGUGUGUCGAAGUGUUUUCAGAUGUGUGCUGCUGUUAUUUUAACUUUUAAUAUUUGUUUUUAGUCCAACUCCCAUUUCCUCAAGAAAUGACUCCCGGCACUGUGGUGUGGUAUUUGAGACAUAAAGUUUGCUCAAAUUCUGUUGAUCAUUUCUGUUGAUUUUCAAAGGUUUUACAAUAAUUUCAAACCCAAUGAUUCAUGUUAAGUUCCUCUAAUAAACCAAUCUGUUUCUA